ACUCCGGGGCCUCCUCCCCCGCCCUGGGCUCCGGGCGCUCGGGAUCCUCGGCUAACAGCAGCUUGGUUGCCCACUCCCCCGUGGGAGGGCUAUCGGGGGGCCUGUCGCAGCCCGCCGGCUGGCAGUCCCUGCUCUCCUUUACCAUCCUAUUCCUGGCCUGGCUGGCCGGCUUCAGCUCCAGGCUCUUUGCAGUCAUCCGCUUCGAGAGCAUCAUUCACGAGUUCGACCCCUGGUUCAACUACAGAUCAACACAUCAUCUAGCAUCUCACGGGUUUUAUGAAUUUUUAAAUUGGUUUGACGAGCGAGCAUGGUAUCCAUUAGGAAGAAUAGUAGGUGGGACGGUGUACCCAGGAUUGAUGGUGACAGCUGGCCUUAUUCAUUGGAUAUUAAAUAUGCUGAACAUCACAGUCCACAUCCGAGAUGUAUGUGUGUUUCUAGCACCAGUUUUCAGCGGCCUUACAUCAAUUUCCACCUUCCUGCUCACCCGAGAACUGUGGAACCAGGGAGCAGGGCUUCUAGCUGCCUGCUUCAUUGCUAUAGUGCCAGGCUACAUAUCCCGAUCAGUAGCUGGAUCUUUUGACAAUGAAGGCAUUGCUAUUUUUGCACUGCAGUUUACAUAUUAUUUGUGGGUGAAAUCCGUAAAAACCGGCUCUGUCUUUUGGGCUAUAUGCUGCUGUUUGUCUUAUUUUUACAUGGUGUCUGCCUGGGGUGGCUAUGUGUUUAUUAUCAAUCUUAUUCCACUUCAUGUGUUUGUGUUGCUUUUGAUGCAACGUUACAGCAAGAGAGUCUACAUAGCAUACAGCACUUUCUACAUUGUGGGUUUAAUUUUAUCCAUGCAAAUUCCAUUUGUUGGAUUCCAGCCCAUUCGGACUAGUGAGCACAUGGCAGCAGCAGGAGUAUUUGCUCUGCUGCAGGCAUAUGCUUUCCUCCAGUACCUAAGAGACAAGCUGACAAAGCAAGAGUUCCAGACACUCUUCUUCCUGGGAGUGUCUCUAGCUGCUGGAAUUGUGUUCUUAACGGUGAUCUACUUGACAUACACAGGGUACAUUGCUCCUUGGAGUGGAAGGUUUUAUUCCCUUUGGGACACAGGGUACGCAAAAAUUCACAUCCCUAUUAUUGCUUCAGUCUCGGAACACCAGCCGACAACGUGGGUUUCUUUCUUCUUUGACCUUCACAUAUUAGUUUGUACGUUUCCAGCAGGGCUGUGGUUCUGCAUAAAAAAUAUCAAUGAUGAGCGAGUAUUUGUUGCCCUAUAUGCAAUCAGUGCUGUUUAUUUUGCUGGAGUGAUGGUUCGUUUGAUGUUGACAUUGACUCCUGUGGUCUGCAUGCUGUCUGCUAUUGCUUUCUCUAAUGUUUUCGAGCAUUAUCUGGGUGACGACAUGAAAAGGGAGAACCCACCAAUAGAAGAUAGCAGCGAUGAGGAUGGGAAGAGCUCUGGCAAUCUUUAUGACAAGGCUGGUAAAGUGAAGAAGCCCGUGUCUGAGCAGGAGAAGACAGAGGAAGGUCUGGGGCCCAAUAUUAAGAGUAUAGUCACCAUGCUCAUGCUGAUGCUCUUGAUGAUGUUUGCCGUACACUGUACCUGGGUAACUAGCAAUGCCUACUCCAGCCCAAGUGUGGUACUAGCAUCAUACAAUCAUGACGGAACACGAAAUAUCUUGGAUGACUUCAGAGAAGCUUACUAUUGGCUAAGACAGAACACAGAUGAGCAUGCCCGAGUCAUGUCAUGGUGGGAUUACGGCUACCAAAUAGCAGGAAUGGCUAAUCGGACGACACUGGUAGACAAUAAUACGUGGAAUAACAGUCACAUAGCACUGGUCGGAAAAGCAAUGUCUUCAAAUGAAUCUGCCGCCUAUGAAAUCAUGAGAAGCUUGGAUGUAGAUUAUGUAUUGAUUAUUUUUGGAGGUGUAAUUGGCUACUCUGGCGAUGACAUCAAUAAAUUUCUCUGGAUGGUUAGGAUAGCAGAAGGAGAACAUCCAAAAGACAUCAGGGAAAGUGAUUAUUUCACACCCCAGGGAGAAUUUCGAGUUGACAAGGCUGGAUCUCCAACUCUGCUGAAUUGCCUCAUGUAUAAAAUGUCAUAUUAUCGAUUUGGGGAAAUGCAAUUAGAUUUCCGAACCCCGCCAGGUUUUGAUCGUACUCGUAAUGCUGAGAUUGGGAAUAAAGAUAUCAAGUUCAAACAUCUGGAAGAGGCUUUUACAUCAGAACACUGGCUUGUCAGAAUAUACAAAGUGAAACCAUUAGACAACAGAGAGGCACUGGACCACAAACCAAGAGUGACAAACCUUGUACCUAAACAGAAAUAUUUAUCCAAGAAGACAUCAAAGAGGAAGCGUGGCUACAUUAAGAACAAACUGACUCUGAAGAAAGGCAAGAAAUCCAGCAAGAAGACGGUUUAAACCAUCCCAUCUCAAAGGACCAGGUCCUCGAGAUAACCAGUCUUUGCCUUUAGACGAACUCAUGUUUAUCAGUGACAUGAGAGUACAGAACCAUCUUUGGUCCAGGAUAUUGUACAAAAUUUUCAGGCAAUGUCUGAUUACAAAUUAUAUAUUUAUUGGCUUAUUAAGAACAGCUGUUUUAGAUUUGUAAUGUGAAGCCAGACAGACAGUGCUGUUGUCCACAAAUAACAGCAGUUUUUUUUCUUUCUUU